AUGUCUCAACAAUGUGCAGUACCGAAGUGUCAUCGUCAAUCACGUUGGCUGUGUGACUGUUGCCAAGAAAAUCUUUGCCUGCAGCAUAUCAAUGAACACAAUGCAACACUUAUUUCACAAUUAAAUCCACUAGCUGAAGAAAUCAACAUUCUCGACGAUCGUCUCAAAUCAAUUCAUACUCAACAUGCGAUUGGCGAUUGCCGUCGAAAAUUGGAAAAGUGGCGCGAUGAAUGCUACGAAAAGAUCGAUCGAUUCUUCGAACAGAAAUUUCAAGAACUCGAUCGACUUGUUCAUGAGAAAGUAGCCGAACAACGUGAAAAAAUUGCUCGUGUUCAAACGAAAGUUGCUGAACUUAUCCGUGCACAAGAAACAACACGUAAAGAUAUCGUUUCCUUAACAGCCACAAUCCGUCAACUGGGAAGAACAAUCGAUAAAAUUGAACAAACAUGUUUUACUGUUCACACACGUCCAUUAGUUCUUGAUAAUGCCUUAGUUAGCGUCAAAGAGAAAGCUGAUCAAGAGCCUUGUAUAUCAACACUUUCACCUGUUUACAAAACAAUCAAUCGUUCAGCUGGAAGCUAUGCUCUAGCUAGUAAUGAUCGAUAUUUACUGAUCCACCAACAGCCCAAUCUGUGUCUAGUGGAUCAAGAAAUGAACAUCGUUAAACAAACGCUUUGGUCAUAUGAUGCUAUCUAUGAUAUGUGUUGGUCAGCAACAUUAAAUCGCUUCAUCGUCAUCGAAGAAAAUGAUGUUUUACUCGUCGAUGAGAAUACAAUGACUAUCGACAAUGUACAAACAAUUGAAACGGGCCUUUGGUUAUCAUGUACAUGCUCUAAUACAUCUCUGUUCUUAUCUACAGGUGAACGAGCAUCGUCGAUAAAAGAGUACAAACUGUUACCUUCGAUACAGUUAAUUAGAGAAUUGAAGACACCGCAUACUUGUUCACGAGACGAAGUUAUUAGUGGUAUUGUAUACAACAAUGGUCGACUGGCUCUAAUCAUUGUGAAUAUCACCAAGAAAACCUUACGAAUUGAAUCGCGAGAUGCAGAAACAUUGAAUCGUCUUUGGUCACUUCGAUUAGAUAUUAUAUGUAAUCAAAAUCGUAAAUUUGGCUGUUGUACGUUGCGUUCAGACGAAUGGCUUGUCGCUGAUUAUGAAACCAAACGUCUAUUGUAUAUAACAAAAGACGGCAAAGUCAAGAAAGUGAUCGACUAUACUCCCGAGCCUUAUCAUGUUAGUCUCUUUGGUGCGAAUAUUUUGGCUGUAUCAACUAAAAAUGACAUACGGAUGCAUAAAAUAUAA